UCUCGAACGUCAUUGACAAAAUUAUGCCUACCCGGGUUUGAUGAUCCAAUUUCUUAAUCAACCCCUUCUGGGUCCUCUCCGUAAGACAAGGAACCACCGUCAAGUUUUACGAUUUCUCCAAUUUUGACUUUCUUCGAUUCGCGUACAACCCGAGUGCACAGAGAUUCCCCCAUUUCUUGUGCACUUUGGUUUUCAAUUCUUUAUUCAUCUUCUUCUUCCGUCUCGUCCUCUUCUUCUUCUUCUUCCAAUUUCAAUUCUCUGUGAAAGAUUUCUAAUUUUUCGUACCAUUUGCUUUCUUUGCCAUCUUUUGAUUGUUUCAUUUCAAGGGAGGAAGUGGAAAAGAGGAAAGGGAAAGGGGGAGAGGAGUAAAGGGUGUCUUGUGAUCGAGAAUAAUAUAAAACCUUUACCAUUUUAGCAGCUUAAAACCUGUUGCUUUUGUUUCGGGCGAAUCAGGAUCUUAUCCCAUCUGGGUCUCUUCUGGUUUCCUCCUCCAGCUUGUUCUCUGAGGUGGGGGAAAGCAGCUAUCACCAUGAACAGAUAAUCUUCCGCAUUAUGGGUUGGCUUAGCAAAAUCUUUAAGGGCUCCAGCCAUAAAAUUUCAGAAGGGCAUUAUCGAGGAAAUUAUGGGGAGAGCCCGAGUCCAAAUCACCAACAUGCUCCUUCGAGUUCCGGGGGUCUAUGGCCUGAUUACAACAAUGAAGAUAUAGAUCGCGCCAUCGCACUGUCCCUUGCUGAAGAAAACCAGAAUAGAAGAAAUACUGUUGACAAGAAAUCUCAGUUGGAAGAAGACGAGCAACUUGCCCGAGCUAUACAAGAAAGCUUGAACGUUGAGUCUCCUCCUCAACAUGGAAAUGGGCAUGUUCCCUAUCAUUAUGGGAAUACGUACGGGCUCGGUCAAACAUUUCAACCUAUGCCAAUGUAUUAUUCCACAGGGUACAGAAUUUGUGCUGGUUGCAAUACUGAGAUCGGUCAUGGACGAUUCCUGAGUUGCAUGAAUGCUGUUUGGCAUCCCGAGUGUUUCCGAUGUCAUGCUUGCAACAUGCCAAUUUCAGAUUACGAGUUUUCAAUGUCUGGAAACUACCCCUAUCACAAAACGUGCUACAAGGAGCACUAUCACCCAAAAUGCGAUGUUUGCAAGCACUUUAUUCCAACGAACCCUGCCGGUCUUAUUGAAUAUAGAGCUCAUCCUUUCUGGAUUCAGAAAUAUUGCCCUUCUCACGAACAUGAUGGAACUCCUCGGUGCUGUAGCUGCGAGCGUAUGGAGUCACGUGAUACUCGAUAUGUUGCUCUUAAUGAUGGUCGGAAGCUCUGUCUGGAAUGUCUAGACUCCGCAAUCAUGGAGACCAGCGAAUGCCAACCACUUUACCGGAGUAUUCAAGAAUUCUAUGAAGGCUUGGACAUGAAAAUCGAGCAGCAUGUGCCAUUACUUCUAGUUGAACGGCAAGCACUUAAUGAGGCCAGGGAGGGAGAAAAAAAUGGCCAUUAUCACAUGCCAGAGACGAGAGGGCUCUGCCUAUCUGAGGAAAGAACUAUCAGCACUAUCCUACGAAGGCCUAAGAUUGGGGGAGGCCGAACUUCAAACAUGGUUACUCAGCCCUACAAGCUGUCCAGAUGCUGUGAAGUCACGGCAAUUCUCAUUUUAUAUGGCCUUCCCCGGUUGCUGACGGGAUCAAUCUUAGCUCAUGAGAUGAUGCAUGCAUGGCUCCGACUUAAAGGUUAUCGGACUCUCCGCCAAGAUGUGGAAGAAGGCAUAUGCCAGGUUGUAGCCCACAUGUGGCUAGAGAACGAGCUGAGAUUGGGCUCGAGUGUUGGGGCAUCCACCUCCUCAUCCAGCUCUUCCCGGACUUCGAAGAGGGGAGUUAGGUCCAACUUCGAGAUGAGGCUUGGGGAGUUCUUCAGGCACCAGAUUGAGUCUGACACCUCGCCUGUCUAUGGAGACGGGUUUCGGGCAGGCUACCAGGCAGUCAAGAAGUACGGGCUUCCAAGCACCCUGAGGCACAUUUGGAUGGCUGGGACCUUCCCAUGCUGAUUGUUUUCGGUUGCAGAUGCCUCAGGUUGAAUGGUUUUGGGUUCCUCCAUUUCUCGAUUUCGUCUUGUCUACAAGACUGGAGCUUCACCUUUCAUAUUUGAUCUGAGGCUGAAGCUCAGCAGUAGAGAGACUUUUGGUCUUUGGUACAGAUUUUUAUUAGCUUUUCUUAGGGUGACAUUUGAUUCGUUGGGGCGGUUGUUUGAGCCGUCCAGCCAUUGUUUUUCCAUUAGUCGAUAGGUCUUUUCUUCUCCUUUUUCACAUUCUUUUCUUCCAUCUGUUCCCACAUAUUCGAUUCUUGGUGAAUAUAAAGGUCAGAUCACGAUUUUAUCA